UAAAGUCCGCACAACUUCUCUGAUACCUGCUUCCGUACAACGGUCGCAGCAAGAACAAGCUACCAAACUCCCUUCAACCUGCAAAGAUGGACACCCCUCCACCAUUGUCAGAACUGUUAGCCGGCCCACGCUGGUACCGGCCUGAAGAAGAAUUGGCGCUGUGUUCUCAAGCCGCUCUGCGAGGAGACCUCAACGAAGUGUAGAGACUAGCUCACUGGCUCUUAUAUGAGCUUCGACUGCCGCCGGACGUAACACAGCCGUCGCCGUCGUGGCUGUUCGGCUCGCUUGACGCAGCUAUGGAAGCCAAGAAUGUCGAAAUCAUGCGAUUCCUUCUCGAUCUGAACGUUGUUAAAGGCGAUCUCCCGGUCGAGUGUGCUGUGCGUAUGCGCUCGUUUGAAGCGCUAGAGGUGUUCCUCGAGUAUGGAUUGGAUAUAAAUAAACCACUCCGCCGGAACGAACCCCCUGUGUUGUGUAUUGCUAUCUAUCGCGAUGAUAGAGAGAUGAUCGACUGGCUUCUCGACCACGCUGUAUACAUCGCCCCUCUCAACACUAUAGACUACUUGUUCUCUCGAGGAGCCGAUAUUCACUGUGGCCAACUCCUCCACCAUGCCGCCCAUAGGCCAAGGCCAGAUGCGCUAGCCGUGGUCCGUCGACUUGUGGAGUUGGGUGCUCCCAUCAACGAAAUCAAAUACGAAAAAGAAGCGAAUGUAUACUGGGAGCGGGAGCCAUUUGGCCUUGGGACACCACUCCACCGCGCCGCGGAGUUUGGGAAGGCUGACGUCGUCGAGUACCUUUUGGAGCACGGGGCCGAUCCCUUGAAAUUGGAUAGCAAAGGGAAAACGCCUCGCUUCUGGGCUGAGGAAAAGAAGCACGCAGAAGCGGCUCGCAUUCUCGGGGAAGCGGAAGAUCGACGAUCAGGCACGCGUCCUCGCCCCACGGAGACUAGUAAUUUAUAG